UAAUAGUAUUCUUCGUAUCUGUUUCUAUUCAAUCAAUUUUAUUUUAGAUGUUUUUGAUAGUUCUCUUGUAACUUGUUUCAUAAAAAAAGAUUAAAAUUGUUACAUUGCCUAUUACUGGUCUCGCCCAUCAUUUCUUCCAACUCCCUUUUGAUUCCUUGAAAUCCUUGUCCCGCACCCAGUCCGUCUGCGGUGCAUUUCUGACAGCCACCACCACUCCGCUGUUUCACAGAAAUGGAAAAUUUCGCCUCCCUUUGCAAACUGGCUGCUGUAUGUAUUUUCAACUCACAGCCCAGACCAUGGCAACUUCUUAUCACCAGGCGCCAGGUCACAAUCAACAUCUGUCUUGUGACAUGAGCCAUUCAUGCACAGAUGCGCUCGCACCACACACGCGAGCGCGAAGACACACACACUCACACACGCAGAGCGAUAUUCUGGACUAGGAGCUCCAUCGUCUGCACCGAAAGGGCGAGACUUUAUGCAACCUGUUUGAUAAACAUUAUUCCACUCUACUUCCUGGCGGUGCAGGAAACAAUUACAACCAGAGCGAUAUCACCAUUCAUUACAUGCGUGGCCAAAGUUUACUCCACGCGAGCCAGUUUUGAUGUCCUUGUCACUAAAAGGAGCUUUUCCCUGUGAAGCUUGAACUUUGCUUACAAGACUGCUUCCCUUCAUGAUUUGAAAGGGCGUUUUUUUAAAACCCGAAGCUACUGCAGCUGUAAAUGAGGGCAGACUGCAGACACAUAUAACAACACACAGUGAGAGGUUUGUUUACGAAAGAAAAUGAUGUUAAACAAUACCACCAAGUCUAUGCGAAUAUGUCUUCUUUUAACCUUCUUCAUCAUCAUUCUGUCACUCCUGUACUUCUUCAUGCGUGUCAAAUGCGUGGUGCAGUUUCCACCUCCAAUUUCUCCUGAGCCUCCAAUUGUAUCUACGACCCCACCUUUAUGUCCUGUGCCAUGUGAUGAAAAAUCCAACAUGGAUUUGUGUGUUGAAUGGAGAGGUUGUCAUAAAAGAACAUGCUCUUCGCUUCCAUGGUGGGGUCUUGUCUGCGAUAUGGAAAGCGACUGGUACACGACAGACUUCAACUGUAAAGACAGACGAAUGAUGGGCAACUGGCCCGUGUGCUUCGACAACAACCUGGUGCCCUCCAGUGGAUGCAUCGUGUACUCUUUUGGAAUAGACUACGACUUUCGUUUCGAUGAUGCCAUGGCAAAAGUUGGGUGCACCGUUUAUUCCUUUGAUCCCAGCAUGAUGGACAAACAGGACCACAAGCAUGCGGAACGGGUUUUCUUCAAGCGCAUUGGCAUCAGCGAUAAGGACGACGACCACUACAUGCCUCAUAUAGAUGACUAUGUGAGGAGAAGGAAGGCUCCCAACGGUUGGUCCAUGAAACGCCUUCAGUCCAUCCUAGACCAGCUUGGACACAAAAAGGAACAAAUAACCGUGCUCAAGAUGGACAUCGAAGGCUAUGAAUGGAAUGUCACACAAGACCUCAUUGAUUCAUCGAUAUUGCAGUCCAUUCCCCAGCUGCUUGUCGAAUGGCAUUUAUUCGAGGAUUUCCCACCUCGUCAAGAAGUACCUGCUGCAGUGGACACUUACUUCGCGGUCAAGAAGAUUGGUUUCCGGAUGUUUGCCAAUGGGGGUUUAUAUUCUGUACACUGUCCUACUUCUUCUUUAAAAACACAGGCAGAGGUUGCCUACGUGAACACAAAACUCAAAUAAUCAAUGUCUUGUUAAAGAACUGUGCUUCCGUCGUCAUUGUCCUGUCCUCGAAAUUACUUAGUGUUGGUAGAAAAGUUCUCUAUGAAACAGACAUAACAUUUUAUACACUCAUAGUAAUUAAAAGUAAACACACAAAAAUGGCUUUAGGUGGUGUCACGGCUCGGGUGGCUUACAACACACACGCAACAGACACUUGCAAGUUCUCUCAAAACACAACAAGACGAUUGCCCGAGGCUGGUCACCUCCUGUUAUCAAGUUUUCGAAUGGCUCAGGACUUUACACAUUACAAAACAUUUGCAUAAAUAUUAACUCGGCUCAACACAAUACUCUCGGCGACAAACGUCUAGCGAUACAUCAAGCGAUACAUACAAUGUUUAUCUCCGGGGCACUUCCCCGAUCAAUCUCAACUUAAUCCUAUCUUACCAUCUAUGUAUGAAAAUCACACGCUUCACACAGUUCUGUUGGUCAACAAAAGUUCCAGUUCUAUUAUCUAGUUUAUAAUGGCACUAGCAGUCGUUGAGUACUUUACUCAAUGUUCGCCAUCCCUCCUAGGGUCGUUCACACUCUACAUGUCCCGCCAACAAGAAUCCAAGACACACACACACGACAUGAGCCACCAAAAGGUUAAACACACCGAAAAACACAGGAGGCACGGACUGGUGGAAACAUUUCUGAGACAACAUUUAAAAUGGCGAUGUGUAAGCAGGUGGAGGUGGCACUGUGCUGAAGUCAUCUUCAUCUUUGAUUGCCUCCAAGGACUGACAUCAUGGACUACUUUUUCAAUUGUGUAUUUUUAACCUGUAGUAUUCAUGGUCACAGGUAUAAAAGGAUUUCAGAAUUUCAUUUUUAAAUAUAUCAUCUGCACUUACAUGGCGACGACGGAGAUUCAUUCAAUUAUAAGUUUGUGACUUCUUCGUUUGUGGAGUUGUUAUGUUCUGUGAACUAUACAUAACACUCAUCACUGUGAAGUUGUAUUGUGAUGACUAAUCUUGACCAUCAUGAGGAUUGGCUCCAAUUUCAGAUUUUUUUUUUCACUCCGAAGUAACAGGUACAGACUAUAUACUUCCAAGACGAGUGACAUCAACCUAUCAACCACGCUUGGAAGUUGCCAUGGUUACAACUGUACUGACCUUUGUAAAAUAUCCUCCUAUAAAGUUUCAAGAUAUAUGUAUAUAUGAAUCAUGUGUUACAAGUAGUGUUUGAAAAUAAAUGGGUGUAUCACUAUGUCAGCUAUGACUUUAGACUUAUGAAGGUAGCCACAUACACCAUCUCAUGAGGCUAGAGACAGAAAUAGUCUUCACAGAGGACAAGUGAACAGCAAACAGUAAACAAUGAGCUCAAUGAAGCAAGAGAAGGCCAACUCCAGGAAAGUAAUGGCAUGAUUGAGGAAGAGAAAGAAGAAGCUGGAGAUGUCAUGUGACCGAUGUGUGAAAGACCCCCAGGGUUGUGGGAGACCUCCAGGGUUGUGUUCACUGUGUGGUAAGAAUUAUGGCAUAACUGUCAACCACAUGCCAAGUUCCCUGGGGGUUGAUAUCUCUCGUUUGAUAAGAACAUGUAGGAUCAUUGUAAGAUACAAUUAAAAAUACUGAAGAUUUCAUUUUUUAAUAUUGCAUUAGUCUGUAGGCGAGUAAUUGAACUGAGUUACAUUUUGAGGUUAACAAGUGAGGUUAAAAAGUGCAUUUCAAGAAUGUGAGAAACCAUUUGAGUAAGGAUAUGAACAGGGCUAGAAAGACCCCUCCUGCAGAAGAGUGAACGAUUGAAAGAGGAAGAGUCACUGUGUAUCAAAUUGAAACAGGUGAUGUAAGGAGAAGGCAGAACUGGAUGAAACAGGUAAUAAUGUGGACAUACUAACUACUGUGUUGUAGUACAGUUGGAUUAUAUUAUGACGAAAGUGAUCAUAGCUUUUUUGAUAGGUGUAAAACAAAUGUAAUACUGUACAACAUACCAGUUUCCUCAAAACUGUAAAAGAAUCACCUGUAGGUAAAGAUAGCUGUAAUUGUAAUUGCUCACUUAUGCGGGAUUCUUUAAUAGAGAUAAGACUUAAAGGGAUUGUAAAUACAAAAUAAAACUGCUUAGUAAGGAGUAGGAUCAGUUUGAAUCUCGUCUAUUUUCGUGUCUGUUCAUGUGAAAAAUGGUGGUGUGGUGUCUGGAUUUGACCUACUUCAGUCCCCAAAAAUUUUUGGCUCCUACCCAUGAAUGAGGAAUAAGUUCGACUAAGUGCGUGAGUGGUCAACAGUGAUAAACAGUCAUUUUCAAACUAAAAGUUUUAUACAAGCAGCAAGGCACAGUGGGGGAAAUUUGCAAUGUAUCUCUGAAUAUUGCUUCCAUGGCUGAAGCUAGUUUUAAAGCACACGUGAAAACAGAAGAAUAUGGCAAGAACAAGAAACAAUCAUAGAGUUGAAACUUCUUCAGCACUGAUAAGAAAAUUGCUAAUAAAAUCGUACCCUAUGACA